GUGCCAUGUGGUGUAAAUCUUUAUGGAUUUUGUAUUGCGGCCUGUGACAUGUCUCUUUGGAUACUUAAUGAGCUUCUUUUUUUUUUUUGUUGAAGACCGUUCCCUCAGCUCUACACCUCCGGAUGUGUCACUUGAUCGGUUUGUAUUCCAUCAAGAACUUGGUCGUGGCAGCUACGGAAAAGUGAUGUUGGCACAAGAUUCUAUCAGCCGGGACCUUGUGGCCAUAAAAAUCAUCAAAAAGAAGGUUCUCCUGCAGGAUGAGGUUGAUAGAGAAGGUGCAAUGGCAGAGCGUCAGGCACUAGUUCUCGCCUCUGGUGGUGUAUAUGUGACAUCUUUAUAUGCCACCUUCCAGAGCCCGGAACAUCUUUUCUUUGUCAUGCCAUAUAUCAGUGGAGGAACUUUACACCAACGCAUGGCAAAGACCCAGUAUUUGGAAGCCCACAGCAUAUUACUCUGUGCAGCAGAGAUUGUCUGUGGGCUGAAGUUUCUGCACCAAAGGGGCAUAGUGCAUCGGUAAGUACCACUAUCCCAUCAAUAACCUACAUUAGUAUAUAUGUAUUUUUCUGUCACAUCGAAGAAUUUAUCCCUUGAUCUUCAUCUCAUGUUACUUAUGGUUUCUCUCUUUACAGAGACUUAAAGCCAGAAAACAUCCUUCUGGACAGUGAGGGUCAUGUCCGCAUAACAGAUUUAGGACUUGCCCUGCUGAAUAUGUUCGGGAAUCAAACAGCUACCGAAUAUGGUGGAACCCCACUUUAUAUUGCCCCUGAGAUGCAGGAAGGGAAGCCGUACAACGCUUCAGUUGAUUGGUGGGCACUUGGGGUUAUCCUUUACCAGAUGGCCUUUAGUGCCCACCCAUUCAACACCCAGGAAAUAAAGGAGCUGUUGAAUAAAAAGGAGAAAAAACUGCAGUUUGUGUCAUCCGUUCUGCAUAAUGACCCAGAGUUUCCUGACUGGGUCAACUGUAACAUCAAGGACCUUAUCAGACAGCUCCUUUGUAAAGAUCCUUCCCAGCGCAUUGGCUGUGAUGAUUCCAUUUACCAUCAUCCAUUUUUUAGUGGAAUCGACUGGCCAGCAGUGCAGAGUGGUGAAGCUGAGCCCCCAUUCCCACCAGUAAGUACUGAAGUAGAAUUCUAAUCAAUUCCUGGGUUCCAAUGUGUGUAGCAGCUCAUAAUGAGCACUGAGAAGGCAGGGGUUCUAUUUAGCAGAGAGAUAUAUGAGAGAUUCUUGUGUUAAUGUGGGUAUAACACUGAUGUGCCAGGUGCAUUAGGAGAUUUUAAUAAAAUGUUGAUGUGAUAUUUUCGUUUGGAAGUUGAAUACAUUCUCUAAUUUACUUUUCUCCUUCCAUAUGAGAACCCUGUGUUAUCGAUGGAAGACCUGGAGACCAUCUGUCCAGAAGACCAAGAUCUCUUCCAGGGCUUUUCCUUCCUGAAUGCAGAUUGGAAGAAAAUCCAGCCUCACUAAUCUGCACCGGCCAGAGACACCUCAACACCGUCUCUGAGAGCACUGUCUGCUCCCAAAUUACAAUGUGAGCUUCAACAUCUGCUCACAUUGAUAUAGAAUUAAGCCUAAAACAACUGGACUUUUUUGAGUUUAU